UUUUGUGUGUCACAACGUCACGGAGAAAUGUCACUUACACAAAAGAUACAUUUCCAAACAAAAAUUAUUUGUAAACGAAGAAAAUAUUGAGAAAAAGGAGAAAAAAAGCAAAAAUAUAGUGCAAAAUAUUAAUUAUUGGAACAAUUAAGUGUCUAUUGAGAAUGAAAUUUUCUCGCUGAUAAUUACAAGUGAAAUAAGUACGUUUUAGAUUUGUCUGCAUUAAAAACCAGGGUGUAAAAAUAUUUAUAUAAAAAUAAAGGAAGCAGAGUGAAGAAAAAAUGUAUAAACAAAAUUUUGAGCUCGACACACCAGCUGCUUUGAGAAUAAUUGCUAAUUUGAGUAAUGACGAAUUAAAGGAAUUACUCAAUGAUGAUGAGAAAUUUGAGGAGGUUAUUAAAAAUGUCGAACAAUUUAAGGAAUACGAAACGGAGAAAGAAAUGUUGAUGGCAAGUAACAGAUCACUGGCCGAAUAUAAUUUAGCAAAACAACCGGAAUUAGAAGAGGGGAAGCAAGAACUUCGUGAAUUGAGUGAAAAAGGAAGUUUGCUUUGUUCAAGCAUUAAUGAGAAAUUAGACGAAAUAAAAGAAAAACCUGGUAUAAUGACUGUAGAUACGGCAUUAGAUAUGCUUCAAACAGCUGCAUCGGAAAUCGAUGAAGAGUCUGAGACAGUGGCGAAAAAAUUCGUGGAUGGCGAAAUAGAAGUCGACGAAUUUCUCGAACAAUAUUUAUCAUUGCGUAAAUUGGUGCAUUUGAGAAAGGUAAAAGUGGAAAAAAUGCAGGAAUUAAUUAAAGCCAAGGACAGAGGUUCUGUUGGUUAUCCAGUGAUUGGAAAAUUUCCUGGAAUGUCACCAUCCUUGCCAUAUCCAUCAGGCAUUGUAUCGAUGCCAAUGCCCGUUCAAAUGCCACCCUAUUAACACUAAUCACACAUUAUUUUUUUUUAUCAAAUUUUCAUUUUCUAGAACAGAACAAACAAUUGUAUAAAAAAGAAAUUGGAUUCUUGAAUUUAAAAAUGAAAAAAAAAUCAAUUUUCAUUUUUUAAAAGGAAAACGAAUAAAAAUUAAUUUUUUUUACGUUAAACCAAGAUUUCUAUCUAUGAACUAUAAAAAUUGAUUUUUAUUUACGUAAAAGGAAAAAAAAAGUAAAAUUCGAUUUUCUUUUAAAUGAAAAAUUGUAUGUGUAAAAAAAUGAAAAUCGAAUUUUAUUUCUUUGCAUAAAAAUAAAUGCAUGAAACUCAAUUUUCUUGACGUUAAUUGAAAAUUUAUAAAUAAUCUAGCAACUAAGAAGAAUAGAAUUUAAAUUUAAAUUAAAUUUCAUUUAGAAAUCUAUAUUAAUUUAAAGGAAAUUUUAAUUUAGAUUUAAAAUUUAAAAAAAUUAACUAAGACGCAUCUUAAAGAUGAAAAAUGUUGAGCGUUUUGAAGAAAAAAACCAAAAGAAAGAAAGAAAGAAAAAUUCAAAACCAUUCUCAAAGAAUUAAUUUCUCAUUAUAAAUAGAAAUGUUAAUUGUGAGUACGCAGAAAUUACUUUGUAUUUACUUUCAAAGUUUGUUAAAUAUAAAUAAAAUAUUUUUAUUUCUAA